CGCUAUCAACACCAAAAGCGGCCUUCGUAACCAACUCAUCAUAGCUCCCCAGUGGCUGGAUGGCGUCUUCAAAGCAAAGCUUGAGCCACAGAAAGUUGACCUUGCACUGAAGCAAGGUGGUCCGGAGUCUGGGAAUCCAAUAAGAUGCGAGAUCACAGCCGUCAUGAUGUUCUCCGGCGACGAUACUAAAAAUGAGACCCGACCAGAUCGAUCCUUUGGCGUGGAAUUUCUCGCAUGACGCUCGUGCCUUUGAUCGAUCGAACUUGCCAAACACCUCCCACGUGUAUCCGCUACGUCUACGUAACCAGGUGUCCAUUAAUGUCACAGAGAAGAGUCUUCGCAUGGACUUUAAUCUGGUUCCGUGCAUCCCGGACCCGCAGAAGAAUCCAAAGGACAAGAAGCACCUUCGCGCUAUCCUGGGAGAUGUCUUCGGUCAAGCCCUUCACGACGGCAACGUCUCGCAGUAUCUACCCAUGCUCCAGGACUUCUUCCUUGGGAUGGAAGUAAAGCGCAACUACCGACCUGACGAACCAUUUAAGCUCGUCGAUGUCGCUAUGCCCCAGAAUUUCAAGCCCUCCGUGAUCAAGGGCGUGGCAGGGAAUUCGACAAGCUACACCGUCGUCGACUACUUCAAUCAAGUUAUCCUCGAAGACGGAAAGAAGAUCGAAUAUCCCCACUUCCCUCUCGUACGCGGAGGCCUAGACAGCUGGUUCCCCAUGGAGAUGCUGCAGCCCGUCAAAGAGCAACCGCUGCACCGAUUCGAGCCUCUGCUUCCCACUUUGAAGAAGCAUGUAGUGCAGUUCAGCAAGCUUGACAGGGCUGGUGAGGCUGUGGCUAAGAAGCAGGCUGAUGACUUCUUCGAUGAGUUCACCAAGGUGCGUGGUAACGAUAUCGCUUUUUGGGGGGGAUGGAAAAUGCUAAUAGGACUAGGGUGUUGCUACGAGGCGUCCCUUUUUUGAGGUGGAUGGAGAGGGUAAAUUUACUCCUAUUGAUCUGGUUGAGUCUGCUUGGCUGUGAUUUCACACCUCUUUGCCCUGUUUAUUUGUUUUGUCAUUUCCUUUGUUGCGGUUCCGUGCACUGUCGAGACGUUUUCUUUUUCUCUUGCUUUAGACUCUGUUCCCUCUGCCUACCAUGUUUAGCCAAGGCCUUGCAUGGUGGAUGAGAAUCAUGUUAGCCUGUGGGUUUGCAAUUGGAAUUGACUUCUUCAUACCGCGUUGCUCUAGCUUUUCAAAUAGUCCAAUUAAAUACACUCAUUUCCGAAACUCUA